ACGGCGGAAAACUUUUCCCAUCUAGGGUUCGAGUUCCAGUCUUCUCUUUUCGCACUUUCUUUUUUUUUUUUCCCAGAAAAUGGAUCCAGAUCCGCCUAAAGCAGCUCCAAGGAAGGUGAGAUUUGCUCCAAAAGAACCCCGUCGGAGAACACCCAAACCCAGUUCCUUUAAAAUUGAACCAGCACCCGAGGUUGAUGAUACCGACGAUUUAGAAGCUCAAGAAUUUCUCACUCGCAAAGUCAAAGAGCAUCUAGCAAGACGAGGAAGACCGAAAUCCGAGAAUAAAGGUCGGGUACAAGUUGCGUUUUCGAAUGAUGUCGGAUCGAGUUCCAUAAGGACAUUUGGCAGACAAAAGGAAAGCUCCGAUGUGGGACAUGAUGCAGUCGACUCGAAAGAGCUUACCCCUAAUGGCGUUCAAAAUCUCGUCACUUCUAUGUCGAUUACCGGUUUGACUAACGGUGUGACCGUGACGAAGAAGAAGAAAAGGGAAUAUAAAGAGCCUUGGGAUUACGAAAAUAGUUACUAUCCUACUACACUACCUUUGCGUAGGCCGUACUCUGGAAAUCCAGAACUUCUUGAUAACUCGGAAUUUGAAGAUGCUGUGGAAUACGAUGAAGAUUCUCUGUCCUCUGCUUCGGGUCUUGGUUUGCUGGACGAAGAUGCUAAUACUCCAAAGAUGCUAUUUUUCCAGUUUCCGUCCAAUCUUCCAACAGGCAAACGUGCUGCUUCCAAGGGCAAAGAGAUAGCUGGCACAAAUUCAAGGAUUUUAGCUACUUCGAUAAAUCCACCGAAAGAAGGGUCUCGUUUAGAGGAGUUGCCCGAUGGAUACAUGGGCAAAAUGUUGGUGUACAAAAGCGGUGCUGUCAAGUUGAAGUUAGGAGGCGUUCUCUACGAUGUUUCUCCUGGUUCUGAUUGUAUGUUUUCUCAAAGUGUGGUGGCGGUGAAUACGACCGACGGAAGCUGUUGUGAGGUCGGGGAAGUGAACAAACGAGCUAUCGUCACCCCUGAUAUUGGUUCUCUUCUAGUAGAUAAUAACAAUAAUAAUGUAAUUGAUUUGGGGUAAGAUAAAUUCAUUUCUACACUACAAAACCUACUUAAGAUGCAAUUUUAUGGGGUAUUAGACAUUAUAUAUCAGAAGAAAAGUAGAGGUGCACAUGUUGCAGAUUUCUUUUUU